AUGGAAGACACUCAAACGGUCGAGGACAUCGCCAUGGAGACCCCAGUCUCAGAUGUCUUUAUCCCACCCUCCAUUGACGAUAAGGCCCUCCUCGCAGGUGACAGCUACUCCUACUUCUCCCCCAUUCCGCCAUCACUCCUCCCGUCAUCAGAAUCCACAGACUCAGAAACACCGGCGCUCGGCACCCCAGUCUGUCUCGGCGUAGACGAAGCAGGCCGCGGCCCUGUCCUCGGCCCCAUGGUCUACGGCGUCUUCUUCCUCCCGAUUCCCCUCUCGGACCCCCUCCUCCGCGAAACCCACCACUUCGACGAUUCAAAGGUCCUCACCCCCGCCGUCCGCUCCCAGCUGAUGGAGGCUCUCUGCACGCCAGGAUCAGACCUCUUCGACUCCUGCGGCUUCGCCAUCCGCUCCCUCUCCGCCCGCGACAUCUCCACGGGCAUGCUCCGCCCCGGCGCGACGUACAACCUCAACGCCCAGGCCAUGGACGCCACCGUCGACCUCAUCAAAGGCGUCUUCGCCCGCGGCGUCAACGUCGCCGAGAUCUACGUCGACACCGUCGGCCAGCCUGCUGCCUACCAGGCUAAGCUGCAGCGCUUCUUCCCGGCGACGAAGAUCACCGUCGCAAAGAAGGCAGAUAGUCUGUACCCCUGCGUCUCGGCUGCCUCAGUCGCUGCCAAGGUCACCCGUGAUGCUGCGCUUGAGGUUCUGUACCGCGCGCGUGCGCCUGAGGCGGCCGAGGCGGAGGAGGGCAUGGCCUGGGGCUCAGGCUACCCGUCUGACCAGAGAUGUGUGACUUGGAUGAGGGGCAACAUGCACCCUGUCUUCGGCUGGGGCCCCGAGUGCAGAUUCAGCUGGGGAACAGCCAAGGGCAUGCUUGAGGCCAAGGGGAGCUUGAAGGUUGAAUGGCCAGUCGACGAUGACGGUGAGGCUCGCAUGACGGACUUCUUCCGGUCGACAGACGCAGAGGAUGGCGAUGAGUUGGGUACAUGGUUUGGAAGACCAGCAGGCCUUGAGGCUUUCUAA